AGGCAAGUGCUCGGGUGGAAAGGAACCGGAGAGGUCAACAAGCAUCUCACCUGGAUGGGCUGCGAAAAGAGAAUCUGAGCCAGGACCAAAACACGUGAUGCCCUUGGGCUGAAGGACACUCUGCACUUGCCACUUUGUCUUCAUCUGGAGCAACCAUCAGCCAUCAGGAGAAAAAGGACCUUGCACCCCUUGUACCCAUGUGGCCAACUUCUUGGAACCCUUUCCUGGAUGGUGUCGGGGAGAGGCUUCACGGGGGCACCAUGAACCUCUCAGGCAGCCCACUAACUCCAAACACCACCCUGGAACCCUCAAAGCCUUCAUCAGAAGGUGGAUACUCCCUUUGGGAGGUGGUGUUGAUUGUUCUGAUGACCGGGGUCCUCUCUUUGGUCACCGUGGUGGGAAACCUUCUGGUGAUGGUAUCUUUCAAGGUCAACCGGGAGCUGAAGACCGUGAACAAUUACUUCCUGCUCAGCUUAGCCGGCGCCGACCUCAUCAUUGGAGCCAUCUCCAUGAACCUCUACACCACCUACAUCGUCAUGGGGCGAUGGGCGAUGGGCAGCGUGGCCUGCGACUUGUGGCUGGCCCUAGAUUACGUGGCCAGCAACGCCUCCGUCAUGAAUCUCCUGAUCAUCAGCUUUGACCGCUACUUCUCCAUCACCCGUCCUCUCACUUACAGGGCCAAGCGGACACCCAAGAGGGCUGCUAUCAUGAUAGGCAUGGCUUGGCUGAUAUCCUUCAUCCUGUGGGCACCUGCCAUCUUGUUCUGGCAGAACUUUGUCGGGGAGCGGACCGUCCCUGAGGACGACUGCCACAUCCCGUUCUUCUCUGUGCCGAUCAUCACAUUUGGAACAGCCAUUGCGGCCUUCUACCUUCCUGUGACCAUCAUGGUGGCACUCUACUGGAGGAUCUAUCUGGAGAUCCAGAAGCGAGCCAAGGAAUUGUCUGGGCUACAGGGCUCAGAGUUCAGAGACAACCUGCGAGGGGCGUCCCAAACACCUCUAUACAGUGGCAGCGGGGGCAGCAGUAGCAGCUCAGAGCCAUCACACCCUCUAGUGACUCCCUCCGCUGUGGCUUUGAUCCCUCUCCAAGCCUGCUGCUUCCGGGGACAAAGGCCAGAGGGCCUGUUCUUAGACCGGAGGAGCAACGGCAGUUGGAACACCACGGAAGACGAGGAGGUGGAGGAGGCCUCCGCCGACUCCUUGACGUCAUCCGAAGGUGAGGAGCAACCAUUCAAAGUCCAUACCAUAUGCUCAGCGGUCAUCCGGCUCCCUAUGAUAGGCGCCGUGAUGCAGCCACCGCAGUGCCGAGACCCCAAGGCAGCCACCAGCGGUAGGGACUGGGUGGGGGGAAAGGUCCUUGUCGGGAUCCCGAGGCAGCCUCCACCUGUGGAGAAGAGACUCAAGAAAGCAGCCGUGCCCCGCUCUAUGGAGAAGGCUCCAGCGGCGGCCAAGAGUCAAGCCUUGCGGAAGCGGCGACGGAAGAGUCGCCUCUCCAAACGGAAAACCCUCUCGCUGAGGAAGGAGAGGAAAGCCGCCCGUACGCUCAGCGCCAUCCUGCUGGCCUUCAUCAUCACGUGGACGCCCUACAACAUCAUGGUGCUGGUGUCGACUUUCUGCCAGGGGUGCAUCCCCAGAGGCCUUUGGAAACUCGGCUACUGGCUUUGCUACAUCAACAGCACCGUCAACCCCAUGUGCUACGCCCUCUGCAACAGGUCUUUCCGCACCACCUUCCGAAUGCUGCUGCAGUGUCGGUGGAGGCGCCGCCGUUAGAGGAAGAUGCUAGAAAGGGGAGAGCAUCUCCCGGGGCCACUGAUCCACUUAGCAGGGCGCAAGCGUCGGUUAUGAUGACCACCAUGGGGCGCGUCAAAUAAGCAAGGGCAAACAGAGCAGGACAAAUGGUACCAACUCGCCAGUUUAGGGCUGGGUGUUUAUAUUUCAGAAGGAUAAGUAAUGCACAGAUUCUCUCUACAGAAUUCAGUGCCCCAGAGGCACAGAAACCAUCUCCCCCUGAACGGAGUUCUUUCAUUUUUCUUUUAAGCUCAGAAGACGACAUUUUGCUCCUAAGGAUUGCUGGGUCAGAAACACAACCAAACCUAGUCCAGGUUAUAUGGAGGCUUCGACCCCAGAUCCCCAGAAUCUGGUACUCAGGGAUAGACAGUCUCUGAAUGAUUUAUUCCAAAAAAGAAAAAGUGUUCCUCUGUCAAAUUCUAGGCCACCAUAAGGUCUUUGAAAACAGAAAGAAGAAAGCAGAAUAAGUU